AUGUCACUUUACCAAUCUACUCAGUCUAUGUUCAGAAUGGCAGCUAAGGCACUGGCCUCCUCAAUUUCCCAAAGAAUGUACUCGUCAUUGCCCUUGCUGGUGAACGUCCAAUUCCCCAACGGCAAGCUGUACGAGCAACCCACCGGGUUGUUCAUCAACAACGAGUUCGUCCCCUCGAAGCAAGGCAAGACCUUCGAAGUGAUUUCUCCUUCCACUGAAGAAGAAAUCACCCACGUGUACGAAGGGCUCGAAGAAGACGUCGACAUUGCCGUCGAAGCCGCGCAAAAGGCGUUCAACAGCGGCUGGUCCACCUCCGACCCCUCGGUGAGAGCGAGAGUGUUGAUCAAGCUCGCUGAACUCGUCGAACGUGACGCCGACACCUUGGCCUCGAUUGAAGCGUUGGACAAUGGUAAGUCGCUCAUGUGCUCGCGGGGCGAUGUGGCGUUGACGGCGGCGUACUUCCGCUCUUGUGCCGGCUGGACCGACAAGAUCACCGGUAAGGUUAUCGAAACUGGCAACACCCACUUCACUUACACCCGCCGUGAACCCGUCGGUGUGUGUGGGCAAAUCAUCCCCUGGAACUUCCCCCUCUUGAUGGCGUCGUGGAAGUUGGGUCCCGUGUUGGCCACUGGUUGCACCACCGUGUUGAAGACUGCUGAAUCGACUCCUCUCUCGGCUCUUUACCUCGCUAAGCUCCUCGUCGAAGCUGGCUGCCCUCCCGGUGUGGUUAACAUCGUGUCUGGUUUCGGUAAGACUACUGGUAACGCCAUUGCCACCCACCCCAAGAUCAAGAAGGUUGCUUUCACUGGUUCCACUGCUACUGGUCGCCACAUCAUGAAGGCUGCUGCUGAAACUAACUUGAAGAAGGUCACUUUGGAAUUGGGUGGUAAGUCGCCCAACAUCGUGUUUGACGACGCCAACAUCGAAACCACCGUCAAGCACUUGAUCACUGGUAUCUUCUACAACACUGGUGAAGUGUGCUGUGCUGGCUCGCGUAUCUACAUUCAAGAAGGUGUUUACGACAAGGUUUUGGACGCGUUCAAGGCUGCUGCUGAAUCGGUUAAGAUCGGUAAUCCCUUCGACGAAGAAGUGUUCAUGGGUGCCCAGGCCUCGGACAUGCAAUUGCUGAAGAUCUUGAAGUACAUUGAAAUUGGUAAGAACGAAGGUGCCAGAGUGCUCACUGGUGGUGAAAGACUCGGCGACAAGGGUUACUUUGUCAAACCUACCAUUUUCGCUGACGUUAAGGAAGACAUGCAAAUUGUGAAGGACGAAAUCUUUGGCCCCGUUGUUACCAUCUCUAAGUUCAAGACUGUCGACGAAGUUAUCGCUUUGGCUAACGACUCCGAAUACGGUUUGGCUGCUGGUGUCCACACUGAAGACGUUAACAAGGCCAUCUCGGUGUCCAACAGAUUGCAAUCGGGUACCGUUUGGGUCAACACCUACAACGACUUCCACCCCAUGGUUCCCUUUGGUGGUUACUCGCAAUCCGGUAUCGGCAGAGAAAUGGGUGAAGAAGCUUUGGACAACUACACUCAAACCAAGGCUGUCAGACUCGCUUUGCGUCCCACCAACUAA